AUGGCCCCCGUGCUCCUCGGCCCUCCCGCCGUCCGCGGGGCGCGCCCACCGCCCUCGGCCGUCGCCGACGCCGAGGCCCCGGCCUCCCACCCCUUCCUCGACCUCCUCGACGCCGGCUUCAACGCGCUCGACGACCCCGACGCCAAGGCCGCGGCCGCGGGCGCGGAGCCGCGGCGCAAGGCGCGCACCGAGAACAACUCCGCCACCUACGCCAGCUCCGGGAACCCCUGCCUGGACCUCUUCUUCCAGGUCGUCCCCGACACGCCGCCCGACCGCGUGCGCGCGCUCCUCGCCGCUGCCUGGGACCGCGACGCGCUCACCGCGCUCAAGCUCGUCGCCAACCUCCGCGGCGUGCGCGGCACGGGAAAGUCCGACAAGGACGGGUUCUACGCCGCCGCGCUCUGGAUGCACGAGCGCCACCCGCGCACGCUCGCCUGCAACAUCCCCGCGCUGGCCGAGUUCGGCUACCUCAAGGACUUCCCCGAGCUGCUGUACCGCCUCAUCCACGGGCCCGAUGUCCGCAAGGUCGCCAAGGCCAAGGCGGACGCCGACAAGGCGCGCAGGGCCAUGAAGGUUCGCGUCGCGAAGCUGGCUGAGCGCCGGAGUCGUGCCCGCGAGAACUACGCAGCCACCGUAGCCGCCACCACGAUCCCAAGCAAGCCCACGCUCGCCGACUACUUCACCGCCACGCUCGCCAGGACCAAGUCCAAGUCCAAGCCAAGCAGAAAAGCGGCGGCCGUGGCCCCGGUGGACACGCAGGAGGAGCCUGAUCAGGCGAUGGAGGUGGAGCAGGAACCUGAACGCGAGGCGAUGGAGGUGGAGCAGAAACCCGAGGCGCCUCAGGAGGCGGCUGCGCCACCGCAACCGCAGGAGGAGGCCGCCGCGAAGAAGAAGGCCAAGAAGAAGGUGCCCAAGGCAGCCAGGCUCGCCGUGAACGCGCUGGAGACGUACUACAGCGAUCGCGCCUACCGAUUCCUGUUCGACUGCGUCGCCGAGUUCUUCGCCGACCUCCUCGCCUCUGACCUCAAGCAGCUCGCCCCCGGCGGCAAGAAGAAGAAGAUCGGGCUCGCCGCCAAGUGGUGCCCCACGCCAGGCUCGUCGUUCGACCGGACGACACUUCUCUGCGAGGCCAUCGCACGCCGCCUCUUCCCGCGCGACUCCAACCCCGACUACGCCGACCUUUCGGAGGAGCACUACGCCUACAGCGUGCUCCAUCGUCUCCGCCGCGAGGUGCUGGUGCCGCUGCGCAAGGUCCUCGAGCUCCCCGAGGUGUAUAUCAGCGCCCAGAGGUGGUCCGAGCUUCCCUACACCCGCGUGGCAUCCGUGGCCAUGAGGCGCUACAAGUCGCUGUUCAAGAAGCACGACGAGGUGCGCUUCGGCAAGUACCUGGAAGACGUGGAGGCGGGAAAGGCCAAGAUCGCGGCGGGCGCGCUCCUGCCCCACGAGAUCGCGGCCGCGGCCUACCGCGGCGAGGCUGACAACGUGUCGGAGCUGCAGUGGCGCCGGAUGGUGGACGACCUCCGCAAGAAGGGCUCGCUGAGCAACUGCAUCGCCGUCUGCGACGUGUCCGGUAGCAUGAACGGCACCCCGAUGGAGGUGUGCAUCGCCCUGGGCUUGCUCAUCUCGGAGCUCAGCGAGAAACCGUGGGCGGGCAGGGUGAUCACGUUCAGCGUACGUCCGGAAAUCCACAUGAUCAAGGGAAAAACCCUCAAGGAUAAGCUGAGCUUCGUUCGAACUAUGCAGUGGGGAUUCAACACCAACUUCCAGGCGGUGUUUGACCGCAUCCUCAGCACAGCGGUGGACGCCCGGCUGGCACGGGAGAAGAUGAUCAGGACCGUGUUCGUCUUCAGCGACAUGGAGUUCGACCAGGCUUCGGCGAACCGGUGGGAGACCGACCACGAGGCCAUCAACCGCAAGUUCCGGGACGCUGGGUACGGCGACGUGGUGCCACAGAUCGUGUUCUGGAACCUGCGGGACUCGCGCGCUCCACGCCGGUGA